AUGACUGCCACACAGAUCCCAUCAGCACCAGCCCAGCAUGCCUACCCUCAUCUUCGGCGGUCCGACAAGGGUUCCGUCCAACUCAUGGUCAAGAGUAAACCCUUUUUGAUGCUUCCGGGCGAGCUGCACAACUCAUCCCUCAGCUCCGCCAAGUUUAUGAGUGAAGUUUGGCCGAGAAUGAAGUUCGAUCAUGUCAACACAUUGCUCGGUUCUGUAACUUGGGAAAUGAUCGAGCCCAAGGAAGGCCACUUUGACUUCAGAGAGCUUGAUCUAGUCUUGAAAGGCGCCAGAGAACAUGAUAUGCACCUCGUUUUGCUCUGGUUCGGGACAUACAAGAACGGACUCUCAACAUAUGCCCCGGGAUGGGUCAAGAGAGAUCCCAAACGGUUCCCCCGAGUUCAAGUGCUUGAAGCUGGUGGCGUCAAGAGGACACUCGAGAUGAUCACUCCUCUAUGCAACGCCGCAUGCGAGGCUGAUUCCCGAGCUUUCGCUGCCCUUCUACGACAUCUUGCAGAGGUUGAUUCCCAGCACCAGACUGUCUUGAUGGUCCAAGUUCAGAAUGAGACCGGAGUCCUUGGCGAUUCUCGGGAUCGAUCGCACCGAGCCAACAAAGCGUUUGCUGAACCCAUACCAAGUGAUCUCCUACAAUAUCUGAGCCGCGUCGAUACCCACUCCAGAUUCAAGAAACGCAUCUCAAGUGUUCCUUCAUCGGGUUCUCAUUCCUGGGAGUCCCUGUUUGGGCGUGGAACAGCAGCUGAUGAGGCCUUCAUGGCGCAUCUAAUCUCUUCUUACGUGGGACGAGUUGCCGCAGCAGGAAAGGCUGAGUACCCCAUCCCUCUGUACACAAACACAUGGCUUAACAUUGAAGGCCCGUCAGACCUGGACUUUGGUGGCGGCGCGCCAGUUGUGGUUGGUGGCGGUGACAAGCCCGGAAUUUACCCAUCUGGAGGUCCUUGCCCGCAUGUUUUGGAUAUUUGGCGAUUCAACACGCCCUCUCUAGACCUCCUAGCACCGGAUCUUUACUUUCACGACUACGAAACUGUCUGUCGGAAUUAUACAGAACAAGGAAACACUCUUUUCAUCCCGGAACAGAGGCGCGACGAAUAUGGAGCGCGACGCGUCUGGUUGUCCUACGCGACUUACGGUGCUCUUGGGGCUAGUCCGUUUGGCAUUGAUACGGGCUCUGACAUCAUUGGCCGUGAAUUCAAGCUUCUCAACCAGACCAAGCAAUAUCUCCUUGAUGCCGCACCCGAGGAUCGCUUUGGAUUUUAUUUUGACGAAGAGCCAAGCGACAAGAAGCCAGAACAGUGGACACGUACAUUCGGCGACAUCAAGGUUAUUGUUGAGCGCUGCUUCGUCUUUGGCAAGCCUGGCCCUGGUGCUGGAAUGAUUAUUCACUUGGGCAACUCCAAAUUUCUGCUCGUCGGCCGGGGCUUUCACGCCCGAUUCAAAGCAGCUCGUGAGGAUGCAACCUUUGGUGGGAUCCUUUGGGGCGAGGAGAAGGAGGUUGAUGAGAAUGGAAACCUGCAGACUUUGAGAAUAUUGAAUGGUGACGAGACAAGGCACGGCGAAUUCAUGAUGAUGCCUAAUGACGAUCCGGACUACGGCGGGUUUCCUAUUGCUGUUACACCUGGAGCCAGGACUUGUAUUGCUGAGGUGGAGGCUUAUUGGAUUGCCGAGGAUGAAGAUGACAGAUAA